AUGGCGACCGUUCCCUCUACACGUCGCCAACGAGAAGAAGACCACAUCCGCUUACACCAAGAUGCGCCCUCCACUCAGGACACCGAAAUGAGCGAGGAGGCCGACCAACAACACUAUGGCAACCAUGGCCACCAUGCCGCUCACGACGACGAGGAGCAGCAACAACAACAACAUGGCGAAGAAGAGGUCGAAGAGAGCAGUGUCACCGGAGGCGAUGGGGAGCAGCAGGACGGCCAUCACGACGACGAAGACGAUGACCAGGACUCAAUCUGUUCAGACAGCUCAGACGACGGCAUCGUAGACCCCAACAUCCAGGACGACAUGGAGAAACUCCAAGACACCUUUCCCGGUUUCCGACAGCAAUACCGCUUGAUCAAGCGCAUCGGUGAAGGCACCUUUUCGACCGUUUACAAAGCCGAAGACCUCGUCUACGACCAGUACGACAACUCGUGGGACUACGAAAAGGAAAGCGACAAGUGGGCGCCUCCCCCUCUCCGUACAUACGGACGCAACUCGACUUCCAGUGCCAUCACCCGCCCACGGCGCAAACCGAAAUAUGUCGCCAUCAAGAAGAUCUACGUCACCUCCUCUCCCACCCGUAUUCUGAACGAGCUCGACCUGCUACACGACCUGCGCGGCUGUACAUCAGUCUGUCCCUUGAUCACGGCCUUCCGCGAAACCGACCAAGUCAUCGCCAUCCUCCCUUACUUCCGCCAUGCCGAUUUCCGUGAAUACUUCCGCAAGAUGACACCUACCGAUAUCGCCAUCUACCUGCGCUCCCUCUUUACUGCUCUCGAGAGCGUCCACCAUCACAAGAUCCUUCACCGCGACAUCAAACCGACCAACUUCCUUUACGACCCUUCCACCAAACGUGGUGUCCUCGUCGACUUUGGUCUUGCCGAGCGCGAAGGGUCCGAAUGCAAACCAUGUCUCUGCCAUGAGGAUCCAACCACACGGCGCAACCGUCUCCGCGCCGCCCACCAAAACUCCAGCGUCCCGCACAAUGGCUACCCGAAACAAGACACCCGCCCAUCGCGGCGCGCCAACCGCGCUGGCACCAGAGGCUUCCGCGCCCCCGAAGUGCUGUUCAAGUGUACGGAACAGACCACCAAAAUCGAUAUCUGGUCCGCCGGCGUAAUCCUCCUUACCAUCUUGUCCAAGCGCUUCCCCUUCUUCAACUCAGCCGACGACGUCGAAGCCAUGGUCGAGAUUGCCACCAUCUUUGGAAUCAAGCGCAUGCGACAGGCCGGCCAACUUCACGGGUGCAUGUUUGAGACAACGAUCCCGACCAUUGGCACGCAAGGGUUCAGUUUUGAGCGCAUUAUUCUCUGGAGUACAUGUCGGGAGACGGGCUUCAAGAUGCCCGAGGAUGAAAAGUUGGCGGUGGAGUUUCUGUCUAGGUGUAUGGAUCUGGAUCCGGCGAGGAGAAUCAGUGCGGAGGAUGCAUUGAAUCAUCCCUUUUUGCAGCUGGGACUAGAGAAGGAACAGGGCGGAAGUCAAAGCGGAGAGGACGAGGAAGAGGGAGAGGAGGAUGAGAUGGAUAUUUUGCGGGUUUAG